CAGGAGAGCCGCCCCGCCACCAUGCAACGACCCAAGACUGCAUCUCCCCCAUCCUCGCGGACCGCAAACGGCUUCCGCUACCGCCCCCUCGCCCAUGCCGACGGCGAGGACUUUCGCCUGCUGUGCCUCUACCCCGGCCACACGCACGACCCAAUUCGCUGUGACCUGCUCCACUCAGGCCUCGACGCCGACAUUGAGUACGAGGCCCUCUCCUACAGCUGGGCCACCGAGGACGGCGACGACAGCCUCUCCCACCCCAUCGCCUGUGCCUAUGUCGGCGACGAGCACACGGCCGAUUUUCUGCUAACCUCCAACUGCGCCUCGGCCCUGCGCAGACUGCGCCUGCCCGCCCACGAGCGCUUCCUGUGGGUCGACGCCAUAUGUAUUGACCAUGGCAACGUGCCCGAGCGGAACCACCAGGUUGGCCUCAUGGCCGACAUCUACGCCGGCGCCGCCCAGGUCCUCGUCUAUCUCGGCGAAGAAGACCUCGGCUUCGCGUCCAGGGGCCUGUGGCUCGACAGCGAGAGGCGCCAGCUCGCCCUGACCAAGCUGUUUGCAAAGAGAUGGGUGUCGAGGGCCUGGGUCAUCCAAGAGGUAGCCUUGGCCCGCAAGCUGCUGAUGGUCACGGGCGAUGCUGAGUGCGCCCUCGACGCCAACCUGAUGAGCCGGAUCCGCGGACGAGCCAAGAUCUCACGACUGAAGGUUCCGGGCCCGCUAGCUUGGGAUCCUCUGGCCAGCGCCCCAACAAGAGAUUUGCUGGCCCUGCUGCUGGUUUCGCGCCACUGCGACUCGACGGAUCCCAGGGACAAGGUCUACAGCCUGCUGGGGCUGGUGGGCGAGCGCCUGCAGCAGCUCAUCACCAUUGACUACUCGCAGAGCGUCGAGGAAGUCCUGACGCGCACCGCCGCCGCCAUCAUCAUCUGCCGGGAAGACUUUGAGCUUCUGGCCUACGCAUCGCUGUCUCUGGGGCCCAAGCACAUGGAAAAGGGCCUGCCCACCUGGGUGCCCGACUGGAUAGAGCACCAGGGCGACAUGACGCUGCGACCGCAAUUCCAACAAGCAAAAAUCGGGCCCUGGAGAUCUCUAGAAAAGCUCUCUGGCAGCUCGACUCGCGCCGCCGAGCUCGCCCAGCUGGACUGGGGGAGAGUAGUCCACAUUCCGUCCAAAUGGCCCCAUGACGCCUCCCUGGCCCCAUCCAUUGUCGUCCACGCACACUGCAUUGCCACCAUUGACAGCACCACAAGAGAAGGCAUGGGCGAGCGGUCACGGUGGCAAGACGCCCAGACGUUUGCCCGCGAUUUGCUGGCCCUGAUAGGCAACGGUUCCGGGCCCUUUGACACGGAUCCAAGAGCAUGGCCUGCACAAUACAAGUGGCUAUUCGACCCCUCCUAUACCCGCUCUCGGUCGUCCAUCCUGCAAAGCAACGGCUCCUCGACGUCGACGUCAAUGACGGCCGAGCCCCCUGAAAACAUCUACCGCACCGCCAUCCAGCAGUUCUGCGCCGAGCUCGCCAGCCACGGCCAAAACAAGUCGGUACUCCGCGCCGGCAUGCUGCCAGCCGUCACGAGCCACGAGUUUGCCGAGGGAGACAGCGUGUGGGCCAUUGACGGCUGCAAGGUCCCGUUGCUGCUCCGCGGCGCAGGCACAGCCGCACCAGGGUGCUACCGCAUCGUGGGCAACUGCCAUUUGUUUGCCCUGUCGCACUUGGACUGCUGGUCGACGACGGGGGCGGGGCUCGAGCAACGGUGGGACUUUGAUCCCUUUCGCCACAUGGAUGUCCUAGGCACCCAAACAAUACAGAUCAUAUGAUGUAGAUGAAAUCACUGCUAUGUCUGGUCACC